AGUCGGUAACGAAGAUUUAUGUAGUUUGUAUUUACGUCCUACCUUUGUUAUACACAGAGUUAUAUAAUGACAAUUAUUUCUGUCUGAUAUGACGUAGAAUUUGGAGACAUCGGAAAUAAAAAAAAAAUAAGAAAAAAAAAAUAAAAUUCAAAACUCUCUGAUUAUUAACCGUUUAAUGCUGGUUAUAAUAUACCCCGUUACUUUAUUCUACCACCUCAAUGUUCAAUGAAUAUAUAAAGAAAGAACCUUGACCCUUAAAAUGCAGUGCGAAUAAUAUAAGUUUUGUCAUUUAUAUAUAAAAGACAUUUUGUGUAUGGCACUGGCCCAUUUUUUCUCAGAGUACCGCAACUCAAUCAUUUGAUCGAAAUACACAUCGCUAUGUAAAAAUGACUUUCUAUGAUAAUAAUGUUGUUAUUUAUACAAUAUACAAUCUUUCCAAUCCAGUUACAAAUGACGACUUUUUGAAAGUGACGCCAUCAGAUCUACACCUACGUCGUAUGUCAUUAUUGUUCAGUAAAAAUGAAGCCAGGGAAAUAACAAUCAAAUUAGGAUUGUCGACCAAGGACAUGGAUAGCAUUCUAGAAACUGAAGAUUCAAGGAAAUGGAAUUUUGAAGUUUUGAGACGAUGCAGGGAUAGUAUUUUGGUUACUUUUAAGCAUAUCAAAGAAGCUGUGGAGGAAAGUGGCCAAGAAAGUAUCCACAUACUUUGCAAGCUUGUGAAAGGCAAAUCUGUUGAUUUUGAAAAGGAAGCAGAUAAAUGGGAUAAGGUACUCACAGAGGAGCACAUUGACAGAUUGGCUCCAUUGGUUGGAAAUAACUCACUCCCGUUCCUGAUAGAACUUGGAAUGGAGUUUCAGACCUGGGAACAGAUCGCCCACAGGCAAAAUGAACGAGAUUUGGUACGACUGAACAAGGACAUUUUAGAAGAAUGGAGGUUCAAGUUUUGCAAAAUGCACAGUUUGAAACCAACUUUGAGGAAUAUCGCAAGUGCAUUCAUUAACAUUGGCAAAAAUGUACAAAUCGUUGAGAAAACUUUAUUAGAUUUGUUUUGACUGUUAUCAAAAUAACUUUCUUCUGUUUGCUCCGGGUGAAAAACGAGUGCGCAAUUCUCAGAGAAUAUUCAACUUUAUGAAAAGCAUUAAUAAUUCAAUUUUAACUGUUAAUUCAAAUAGAUAAUUCAAAGAAAUAUGACUAUAUCAAUAUACAUAUUUAUUACUUUGUGAAAAAACGUUAAUUUAGGUUAACCGUGUUUAAACAUUUAUGGUAUACUGAUCAAUAAAGUCUUCUUUCUGUUUGAAAUAUCACUUUUACGUCUUGUAAUAUCAUAAAUUUGAUAUAGUUUAGUGUAUACCAUGUUUUUAAUUUUUAUUGUAUCUUUUUUUCUGCUAGUUCGCUUAUUUUCUUGAAGUAACUCUUAAAAUAAACAAGGCCGUACAAUGAUUGAUAUAGUUUAUUGUCCAAACUGAAUGUGUUAAUUGUUCUAAGAAGCAUUUUAUCAAUAGAAAUAGUAAAUACAGUUUAUGGUCAUAACUGAAUGUGUUAAUUGUUCCGAGAAGCCUCAUAUAAGUACAUAUAUGCAUGUAUAAUAUAAAGGUAAAAUGUAUAUCAGCAAUGUUGACCAAUACUUUCAUAGUUAAAAUCUAUCUAAGAUAGACACUGUCCAACAAAAUCAAAUACAAAAUUCUGCUACAUA